CCGACACGUUCAGAGUACUAUGAGGAAUCUAGAGUGAUUCCGCAUCUAGUUAUCAACUCUGAGGGCGAGGCGGAGAGAAAAGGCUUCACCUCUUAAACCCAGAGAUUAUCUAAUUCGAGGUGUCCUUCAUCUUGUUUCACCAGUUUUUAGGAAGAACUAGUGAUGUUAACGCAGAAGAUGGGGCAUUGGCCUUUUAAACACGUCACUCAGGCCUCAGGGCCUACGGAUGGAAGUCUCAGGGGCAACCCUUUCCUGGGCUCGAAGAAUGGAGUACUAGCCUUUCAACAGAGCAAGCGAAGGGGCGGAGUCUAGGGCGGAAGUUGUAACCCGGGGUCGAAGUCUGGCAGGCGAAGGGCGGAAGUAGAGUGCCCAAUUCUGCCGCCAUGGCUGAAGAAGAGAACGAUGUUAGAGAUUAUAAUUUGACUGAGGAGCAGAAGGCGAUCAAGGCCAAGUAUCCUCCCGUCAAUCGGAAGUACGAAUCCCUCAUGUCCUGUGAUGGGAAUGGGAAGAAUUGAUGGAAGUCAAGAUACAAGUGAAGAAUAGACUGAAAAUGUCUACAUAACAGAUCUAAUGGAACGUGCUAUAGUUGCAAUUAGACCUUUCCGGUCUUCCCUGGAGGAAUAUCAGGAAAAAGCUCAUGUCUUAUUUGGAUCAUACAGCAGAUGUCCAGUUACAUGCAUGGGGAGAUACUCUGGAGGAAGCAUUUGAACAGUGUGCAAUGGCCAUGUUUGGUUACAUGACAGAUACUGGGACUGUGGAGCCCCUCCAAACAGUUGAAGUAGAAACUCAAGGAGAUGACUUACAAUCUCUUCUGUUUCACUUUUUGGAUGAAUGGCUUUAUAAAUUCAGUGCUGAUGAAUUCUUCAUACCCCGGGAAGUGAAAGUACUCAAUAUUGAUCAAAGAAAUUUCAAAUUACGGUCAAUUGGGUGGGGAGAAGAAUUUUCACUGUCCAAGCACCCUCAGGGAACAGAAGUCAAAGCAAUAACAUACUCAGCGAUGCAGGUCUAUAAUGAAGAGAAGCCAGAGGUUUUUGUGAUCAUUGAUAUUUAAGACACCGAAAAGAAAAAGACUCCUGUGAAAAAAGUCCAAUAAAGAACUGGGUUGUUUUUUUUCUUCCUUUUGAGAAAAUACAGUAAUUUAAUUUCUAUAGUAUCUUUUGCUAAAUGGAAGUUUACAGAACAGAAAAUUUUAACUUUCAGAAAUGGAAAAUCAGGGGCCCUGCAUGGUGACUCACACCUGUAAUCCUAACUACUUGAAGGGUAAGGACAAGGAGGAUUGUAGUUCUAGUGCCAGCCCAGGCAAAAAGUUAGCAAGACCCCCCCACCAUCCCCAAAAAAUAAGCUUGGUGUGCUGGCAUACUUCUAUAAUCCCAGCUAUGUGGGAAGCAUAGGUAGGAGGAUAGUGGUCUGAGACUGGCUCCUGGCAAAACCACAAAACCCUAUCCAUAAAGUAAGUAAAGCAAAAAAGGGCUGGGGGUGUGGCUAAAGUGGUCGAGCACCUAUCUAGCAAGCUUGAGGCCCUGAGUUCAAGCCACCAAACAAACAGAAAUGGACAAUCAGGGCAUAGCCUAGGCACCUAGAAUUUUGCCUUUUUUCCCAAAUUGGUAAAGGUGUUUUCCAUGUAUUUGUUAAGGGAGGUCUUGUUUUAGAUUGCUGUGGGACAGAGCUGCUGUCCUGUUUUCUUAGAACUAAUUAGAAGACUUCUCCAGGAAGCAUCCUGAUUUCUCUCACUUCCUUUUAAGCAGUGAUGAUGAUACUUUAUAUUUUCUCAUAAGAAAAAUUUGAUAUACGCCUUACAAAGAACCCUUCCUUCUAACCUGUAUUCUUUAUUUUACUUAUUUUUGCAGUGCAGGGAAUUUAACUCCAGCAUGCUAAGCAAGCACUCUACCACUGAGCUACUUCAGCCCCUAAGGUGCAACAACUUUAAAGACAGUCUAUAUAUAUAGAGAGAGAGAGAGAAGAAAAGGAGAAUUUUAA